AUGUCAUUUAUUACAAGCAAUAAAGGGAAACUCUUGUUAGUUCGCGAAAAUUACAUUUAUUUUGUUAGUAAAACUACAACUGCAGUUAAAUAUUGGAAAUGUGAAGAUCGUACUUGCAAUGCCGGUGUUCAUGCAAAUAUUAGCAAUGUAUUUAUAAAAACAGCUGGUAUUCAUUCACAUUUACAAUCACCUGAACAAAUUGAAGUUCGUACAUUUAAACAAAAUAUAAAACGUCGAGUUAUAAAUGAAACAACAGCAAUAGCUAAAAUUUAUGAUGAAGAGCUUGCUCAACAACAUAUGUCACAAACAGCAACUGCUAUCAUGCCAUCAUCAUAUGACGCAAUUAUAUAUACAUAUUCAGGUUUAAAUCAUGCACUUCGAAAAAUGACGCCGGUAUUACCCAAGUCAUAUGUAUUUGACAUACCAACACAAUAUCAAGUUACACUUAGUGACGAACAGUUUAUAUUAUGUGAUAAAACAAUACAUAAUAAACGUUUAUUACUAUUCGGUACAGAUCAACAAUUAAAAUUUCUAUUUUCUGCCAAACAUAUUAUGAUGAGUGGAACCUUAGAUACUUGUCCACCAUAUUUUGAUCGUGUAUACUAUUCACGCUGUUAUCCAUGUAUCAUUGGUUUAUUAUGUGACCGUAAAGGUCGUACUUACAAAGACUUAUUUCGUGAAUUGAAACUUCAUGCUACUCGUUUACAAACUACAUUUAAUCCAAAUACAAUAACAAGUGAUUUCGAGAAAGCUUUAAUCAAAGCUAUUGCUGAUGAAUUUCCACAAGCACGACAUGCAGGCUGUUAUUUUCACUUCACACAAGCCGUGUAUCGUAACAUACAAAAACAUGGUCUAACAACUGCUUAUCGUGAUUGUGAAAUUGCAAGAACCUUCUGUCGAAAAUUAAUGACAUUGCCAUUAUUACAAUUAUGUGAUGUUAAAUUAGCAUUUGAAGAUUAA